CAGGUCCACCCUGCUCCAAAUUCUUCUUAUUUUUAGUCUUUUGCGGAAUCUUUGUACCACUCGCGGACCCAUCUUCAAAUUCAUUUCUACUCUCGCAAAAUCUUCUUUCUCAUUCCGCACCUAACGCGCUUUCUCUUCUUCUCCCAGGGGUUUCUGUGCGGUUUAUAGGACAAUGAGCGACCAUCUCGUCCUGUAUGUUGAUCAUUUGAUUCGACCAGUCGCUCCAGUUGAACCUGUGUCCGAGCCGGCCGACCCUGUUCCUUCUGCACCGCGUGAAGCUGUUGUGGACUCAGCUGCGGCCGGUCCUUCGUGUUCGACUGCAACUGCGGUUGCGGAUGAUCGGACGGUGAAGCAGCACGCACCCAAUGAGGAGGAGCCUCUGAUUCAGGCCGCUGAGUGCCGCAUUUGUCAGGAAGAAGACAGCCUCAAUAAUUUAGAAACUCCCUGCGCAUGUAGUGGUAGUCUUAAGUAUGCUCACAGAAAGUGCGUUCAACAUUGGUGCAAUGAGAAAGGGGACAUAACUUGUGAGAUAUGUCAUCAGUCUUAUCAACCUGGAUAUACUGCACCACCUCGUACUGAAGAAACUGCUAUUGAUAUGGAGGGAAGAUGGACCAUCUCUGGUAAUCCGUUAGACUUGAGAGAUACUCGGCUAUUGGCCAUUGCAGAGGCAGAACGGCAUUUCUUGGAAGCUGAAUAUGACGAUUAUGCUACUUCAAAUGACAGUGGAGCUGCAUUUUGCCGAUCAGCUGCUCUUAUUUUACUAGCCCUUCUCCUUCUGCGGCAUGCAUUGACCAUAACAGAUCCCGAUGGAGAAGAUGAUGCAUCUGCCUUUUUUUCUAUUUUCUUGCUUCGUGCUGCUGGUUUUCUCUUACCCUGCUACAUCAUGGCCUGGGCCAUCAGUAUCUUGCAGCGUCGAAGACAAAGACAGGAGGCGGCAGCACUGGCUGCAACACAAGUAGCGUUUGUACUACAACAUGGGCAGCACAGAGGUUUACAAUUUGCGAUUGCAUCAUCAGGACCACCUCUCACCCCUCACCCACAUCCACACCCUCACCCUACUGUUUGAACCGCAGCCCGCCCCAACCGUGUAAUAUUAUAUAUUAUAUUUUCGAACCAACCUUCCUUCUACUACUUCCACUGGUCAUCAUCAUCAUUUUUAUGUACAAACAAUUUCCUCAACUGCAAUUCUUCGCUGCCUGUAAUCUCUGAAUCUUUCCAUCUUCCAAAACCAGGUACCCUGCUAACAAACUUCAUUGUUUUUUACGUGCCCUUCUACUCCACGUGAUUGCUUGAUUGAUGCUUCUUCUUGUGCUUAUGGAAAACAAGGAAGAGAUUUAGGGGGCAAACAUAGGUUUUCCUCUAAAGAAUUUGCUAUUUCUUGUACAAUCUGUAGGGUAUCUCAAGAAUUUGGUAUUGCAUAUGAAAGAACAGAAUGGUAAGCAAAACAGUAGAGAGCGUAAUAAGAUCUUAGUUUUGGACAAGAUCGAGUCAAUUUUGGAGAGAGGAAAAAGGUUAAUGAUUUGAUCUUUAUUCCAUUGUUCUUGCCUCGACUCCUGUAUUAUCAUACUGCUAAAUGAUAUGUGUGCGAUGGGUUUGUUUUCAA